AUGACCUUAACGAAAGAGAGUUUCCACAGGGCUCUUCCACCCAGUUCUGAAGUGGCUAAGGCCGACAUGGACAGCACCAGAGAGAAGGAGGAGGCUCUGAGGCAAUCUGUGAUGAGGACUGGAGCGGUGGUGCCAAGGAAGCGAGCGGUGGGGAGGCUGGUCAUCUGGGGCAGGAGGCGACCUUACAUUCUGGGUCUGGGCAUCAUAAUGCUGUUAGGCAUGGCUUUGUACCUCAAUGGGGACGUGAUGAUCUCAGCUUUCAUCGAUGAGAGAGACAAGGAGCGGACGUGGGCCAUAGUCAUUACCAUGCUGGGAGUAGUACUUUUUGAUUUUGCAGCUGAUUUUAUUGAUGGCCCCAUCAAAGCAUAUUUAUUUGAUGUCUGCUCUCAUCAGGAUAAAGAAAAGGGUCUGCAUUACCACGCCCUCUUCACAGGUUUGGGAGGAGCCCUGGGUUACCUGACAGGUGCUAUGGAUUGGGGUCAAACUGUAUUAGGAUAUUCCUUGGCAUCAGAAUUCCAGGUGAUUUUCUUCUUCGCAGCCUUGGUUUUCAUAAUUUGCCUUACCCUACAUCUGUGCAGUAUUCCUGAAGUCCCACUCAGAUAUGAAAAUGAAGAGGCAAAGUUCUUGUUGGAAGUGACUGAAUCCCAUAAAUAUAACUCCAUAGAGGAGGAAAUCAAGAAUGGUUACUUAAAAUCAACAUGCACGGAAAUAAAGGCUGCAGCUAAACCAGGGAAAUGCACGGUUCUGUCACGGACAGAGGAUCAAAGGCAGAUGACCCUUAAAUCACUCUUGAAGACACUUUUAAGCAUGCCAUCCCACUAUCGCUGUCUGUGUGUUAGCCACCUCUUUGGAUGGAUGGCUUUCCUGUCCAACAUGCUCUUCUUCACGGAUUUCAUGGGACAGGUUGUGUACAAGGGUAAUCCUUAUGCACCUCAUAACUCCACACUUUACCUUACCUACAAAACAGGAGUAGAGAUGGGAUGCUGGGGACUGUGCAUCAAUGCAAUUUCUUCAUCAGUCUAUUCUUAUGUGCAGAAAGUCCUUCUGCCAUACAUAGGAUUAAAGGGACUUUACUUCAUUGGAUACCUACUUUUUGGAUUGGGUACCGGAUUAAUUGGCUUGUUUCCCAAUGUCUAUUCCACUCUGGCUCUAUGUUCACUCUUUGGUGUCAUGUCCAGCACACUGUACACGGUGCCAUUCCACCUCAUUGCAGAGUACCACAGGGAAGAAGAGACCCUGAAGCUGCAGAAUGGGGAACAAGCAGGAGACCAUGGGCGAGGGAAGGGCAUUGACUGUGCUGCUCUUACCUGCAUGGUUCAGCUGGCCCAGAUCAUCCUUAGUGUGGGCCUGGGGCUCUUGGUUAGUGUUGCUGGCAGUGCGGUCACUGUGAUUUCGGCAUCUACGGUGGCACUGAUUGGUUGCUGCUUUGUUGCUUUCUGCGUUCGAUAUGUGGAGUAG